UUUAAGUUCAUUUAGAUGCUAUCAGUAACUAUUCAAGUCAACUUAAUUAGAAAUGAAAUCAAUUUAGUCAUGAACACUGAAUAGGUUAGUACCGGUAUAGGCAGAGAAAGUUAGUAUAUGAUUGACUAUGUUUCAAGACGAAUGAUUCCGAGUUUUCACUUACGAAUCAAAUCCCGUAAAAUGAAACCAGAGCUCAAAUCUAUGUGAUAUUCAUUAAUUUGAAAGUUGUUCUGACACACGCAUGUGAUUGAAAUAUUUAUUGAAUCCUAUUUAUAAUCUCAUCACAAAGACGACCGUGAAUUCAAGAUGAGUUUUUUGAGUUCACUCCAACAAGUGGUGGCUGACGUGACGACAAGUGUCACUAAUCUCAGUCUGAAUCCAACCCGUCGAUUUUCCCGAGACCAUUCGCAGCCUGACAACAUUUCUUCUGCUACAACUGCCCCGACAACGGGAAGCGCCACUGCCACCGGCUCUCGGUCGCGUCUAGGUCCACGGCUUAUUCCUACCCCAGGGACAACCACCACAUCAGUCAAUCCUGGGUCUUCUCGAUUUCGAAGUGGGUCUACGAGCGUUCAAGGGGGUCUAGGUCCGGGGGGUAAACCUAUCGCGUCGGUGAUGCGCCCACCUCACCACCAGCAGCUGCAGGCCGUCGCACCAAGAAAAGAUUAUGAAGUGCAACCUCUGCCACAACUGCAAUGUGGAGACCGCUACACCUACUGGCCUGAGUACGAUCCUGCUCAAAACUGGGUGGGCGAGAAGGACGGUGGUUGGCUGGAGAUGCACUAA